AUGCAGACCACUAAUUGCGACCGGUGUUAUCGCCGAAAGAGCAAGUGCGACCGACUACAGCCUUGCGCUUCCUGCAGCAAGAGCGAGGCACAAUGUGUCUACACUGACCGGACCAAGGAAAGAGCAGUCCGACCGGACGUCGUGGACCGCUUGGAGAGGCGUCUUGCUCAAGCCGAGAACCGGAACAAAUCACUAGCCGCAGAAUUGUCCAGGAUCAGAUCUGCCAGAUCGCAUGCCAGUAAUGAUAACGCCGAUACCAACAUGCGACCAGAGCCCCCAUCAGACGAUAUUACAAGCCGGAGAGAUGACAUCGCUGCACAAGUGUCCAUCCUAUCGACCAGUGCUGCUGGUGAGCGGCAAUAUCUGGGAUCCACGAGUGGAGUGCUAUUCGCAGACUUGGUGAGGGCGAGUGUCGACGUUCCCCACUCCAGACAUCCAUCACCACCGACUACAGCACGUACUGAGUACUCACCCGAAUCGUCAGACGAUGUGCGUGUGGAGCUACCGCGUGAGCUGCCAUCUCGCAAGCUGGCUCAGAAGCUGAUUCAAGCUUAUCUUGAUCAUGACUUCCUUUGCUAUCCUUUUCUGAUACCUUCAGAGAUCCACCGAACGCUGGAUUACUUAUAUAACUCUGGACUCACCAGUCUGUCAUGCUAUGAGCUCUUCGUGGUUGACAUGUUGUUCGCCAUCAGUACGGCACAAGUGUCCAAAUACGAUUGGAGACAACUGCCAAGCGCUGAGAGCCACCAUGCCCGGGCCAUGGCCUCUAUCGGAGAUGUCUUACGUUUCGGGGGUCUACAGUCACUACAUGCCAUUCUGCUGCUGUGCCAGUACAGAACUGGCAGUUCAAUACAAGAUAACUCGGGAUCCAUGUGGUUAUUAGUUGGUAUAGCAGCUCGUAUGUGCUUCGAGAUGGGACUGCACAAAGAGUCUGCUUUUCCCUUGACCGGACCUGGAAAUGACGAUACGACGUCGAAGCGAUAUUUGUUGCAAGAGUCAAAGAGAAGAUCCUUCUGGAGUGUUCUGUGUAUGGAUCGAAUAACCUCAUUGAUACUCGGUCGGCCCUGUGCUAUCCGGGACGACGAUUUCGACCAUGCCUGUCCGUUCGAGGACUCAACUAUUUCUCCACCUGAGACUGACGUCGGGGGGUCAAAACCGUUCGUCUUCAAACAUAUCGUAUCAUAUCGACUACUCUGCGGAGAGAUUGUGUCAGCUCUGCAUCGGAAGAAAGCUCCGAACGUUGGGGAGCAACACGUUCUCGAUAUCAGACAUCGACUUUGUGCUGACCUGGAAGGAUGGAAGCAUGACGUUGAAAAUCUCCACCUCGAGCAAAACUCACAAACCUCAUCGUCAUGCCAUCUAUCCACGGAGUGGUAUAGUUUGUUGUACUCGAACGCCAUGCUCAUACUCUGGCGACCCUCACCACUCCUACCUGAUAUCUCUCAUGAUGCAAGAUCUUUGCAGCAUAUCUUUGACUCCGCAAAGCAGAGCAUCACGAUAUACGCUAGCCUUCAUAAGUCACGUAAGAUCAACUACAGCUGGAUCACCUUACAGUCGGUCUUUCUCGCUGGUCUCUCAUACGUCUACGCUUGCGGCCGUCACUACCGCUCUCGCUGGCGUAACCCCACUGAACCAUCUUUGCAAAAGGAUCCAUCAACGAUCGAAGUGGUCAACGAUACCAGAGCUUGUUCAAAUGUGCUAGUAGCUGUGUCGGAACGUUGGAAUGCUCUCAGAAACUGUCAUGAAGUCUUCGAUAAGCUGUCAGAUGCAGUGCUUAGCGACGCCAUCAAGCUCCAGACAGCCCAAGCGCAACAGAUGAUACGACCCUUUGUACAACAAUCAGUCAACAUCAACAAUGACUCUCUAAAUCAUAACAAUCUCAUCACACCACGAGAUUCGACCACCUUCUCGCCUUUGGCUGUAGACACUGAAUUUCUGCACUGCUUUGACGACUUACAGCAGCUGUACAACAUGCAACAAAUUGAAGAUCCUAUCAUGGAGUUGAGUCAAGAUUGGCUUGGGUAUCUGGGAAAUGGUAGCGACUUUAUUGAGCCUUCCUACCAGAUGAAUGGGUACUAG